AAAACAGCCGCGAUGUCGGCUAACGACGAAAGAAUGUACGUCGUACCCAGUCUGUUGAAGUCGGCUUACAACGCGUGUAUCAAGAUCCAUCGGGAAAUGUACGACGAGCUGCCACUUCCGGACGUCGACCUUCAGAUUUGUUGUGAGUCGGUUUUUACAAUCGUGAGACUCAACACGCAGAUUUGUGGUUUCGACUCAUCGGGUGAUAGAAGGUCCAUGUUCAGCAAGUUGCAGCGAUUUCACUUAUUCCAGGACAUAAUAUGCGAGAAAGCCGCGUAUUAUGGACACAUUGAUUGUCUGAAGUUCGCUCACGAGAUGGGCGUCCCUUGGAACAAUUCGAGCCCACUUGUUAAAUCGGCUUGCGAAGAGGCCGCAGGAAGGGGUAACCUAGAAUGUUUGAUUUAUGCUCAUGAGAAUGGUAGUCGGUGGGGAGUGGCGUGUGGAACAGCCGCAUCUGGAGGACAUCUAGAUUGUCUUAAGUAUGCCCAUGAAAAUGGAUGCCCAUGGAACCAAAAUGCGUGUACUUUGGCUGCGAGAAAUGGACAUUUGGACUGUUUGAUCUAUGCGCAUGAGAAUGGUUGUCCAUGGGACGAAUACACGUGUAUGAUGGCUGCUCAAUAUGGACACCUGGACUGUCUGAAGUAUUUGCAUGAGAAUGGAUGCCCGUGGAACCGAUUCACAUGUAAUAUGGCUGCAUUUAAUGGACACCUGGACUGCCUGAAGUAUAUGCACGAGAAUGGAUGUCCAUGGCACGAAGAAACGUGUAUGAUGGCUGCGGAAAAUGGACACAUGAACUGCUUGAUAUAUGCGCAUGAGAAUGGAUGCCCAUGGAACGAAUGGACCUGUACUUAUGCUGCAGACAAUGGACACCUGAGCUGCCUGACUUAUGCUCAUGAAAAUGGAUGCCCAUGGGACGAAUACACUUGUACUCAGGCUGCGGAAAGUGGACACUUGCACUGUCUCUCUUAUGCGCGUAGAAAUGGAUGCCCGUGGGACGAAGACACGUGUACUCGAGCCGCGGAAAAUGGACACCUAGAUUGUCUCUCUUAUGCUCAUGAAAAUGGAUGCCCAUGGGACGAAUACACUUGUACUCGAGCUGCUGAAAAUGGACACUUAGACUGUCUCUCUUAUGCGCAUACAAAUGGAUGCCCGUGGGAGUGGAGAACGUUUUAUGGGGCUGUCUUUUCUGGAGACCCACGCUGUUUUCAAUAUGUAUAUGAACAUGAAUGCCCUAUGAUACCUAUAUGUAGACGUCAAAUAUAAUAUGCUGUAUUAAUAACUGUACAUUGAGUAGUAUAUACCUAGCAUAGGUUUUAAAACGAUAAUCGAUUGAAUUCUUAUACAAUAAACUGUAUUAUAGGGCGAAUGUCGAAGUAUCAAGCAUGCGU